AAAAUCGUAAACCAUUAUUGCGCGUUGUAUGUGUUUGGAGUAUUCUGAGUGAUUGGCUGCUUCAUUUAGGUAUUCAGAAAGUAUCUGUGUGGAACCUGACGUAUCUUAGUUGGGCACCGUUGCCUUAUACCAGCUGAUAGAAAUAUCAGGUAAAAAUGUCACCAUUACAUAACAACUUAGCGCUUGAACAAACAACCAACAGUUUUGUGAGCACACAGAAAUCAACGGAACAAAUUAAAAGAAAUGGUUAUUUUGAUCAAGACUUAGUCUGGAAAAAUAUUAUUUUAUAUCUAAUUUUUCAUUCUUUAGUCCUUUGGGGAUAUUCGAGACUCUUUACUGGUAAACUCAUGUGGACAACAUUUAUAUUUAUGCACAUAUAUGCCUACUUAUCUGUCAUUGGAAUAACAUGUGGAGUACAUCGUCUAUGGUCCCAUAAAGCCUAUAAAGCAAAAUUACCUUUAAGGAUCAUUCUAAUGUUGAUGCAAACAGCUACCCUACAGAAUAAUAUCUACAUUUGGACCAGAGACCACAGGCUACACCACAAAUAUACCGACACUGAUGCUGAUCCCCACAACUCAAACAGAGGAUUCUUCUUCUCCCAUGUUGGAUGGUUAUUAAUGAAGAAGCAUCCGGAAGUUAAAAGUAAAGGGAAGACUAUUGACAUGAGCGAUGUUGCAGCCGAUCCCGUAGUCCAGUUUCAAAAAAAGUAUUAUCUGCCCUUGGCCCUAUCUUUGGGAUUAAUAAUUCCAACAGUAUUUUCGACGUAUAUUUUGGGCGAAUCGCUGACUAACUCCUGUUUAGGUUCGAUUAUGAAAAGUGUAUAUAUCUUGAAUGGGUCUUGGAUGAUCAACAGUGCUGGGCAUAUGUGGGGAUGGAAGCCCUAUGAUAGAACUAUCAACCCAUGCGAAAAUCUAACCAUUGCCAUUAUUACUUGGGGGGAAGGCUGGCACAACUAUCACCAUACUUUUCCAUGGGACUACAAAGCAGCAGAACUUGGUAACUACCGUUGGAACGUUAGUACAGGAUUUUUGGAUCUGAUGGCUUAUUUAGGACAAGCAUACGAUCUCAAAACAGUGUCACCAGAGAUGGUUAGGAAACGAGUUGCCAGAACAGGAGAUGGAUCAUAUAAACAUGGUAAAGUUCCUUUGGAAAAUGGUAAUGCAAAAGUACAACACAACUUCCAUGAAGAUUGUGUAUGGGGUUGGGAUGACAAAGAUAUGAAGGAGGAAGAUAUUAAAAAUGCUACAAUAAUGUUUAAAGGUCACUAGUAAAAAAAUUAGUAUUUUUGUAUAUUAAAAACGUUUUAUAUUCAUAUACAUAUACAGGGUGUUUCAAAAAAGGUAACAUCGUCUCUACGAUACGUAAAAAACUGAAAAAUAAUUGGGGAUUUCUUAGAAAAAAUCAUCUCCAGGGGGUAAAGUGUGGGGUUGUGUUUGGUGUCAUACGAUAGAUUUUUCAAAAUUAUUGAACACGUAUUUUUCAGUUUUUCGGUCCGAUGUUCAUUUCGCGAAACAUUAGACCGUUCCGCUAAUUUUUGGGACACCCUGUAUAUUAAAUUAUAGGCAUAUUAUGAUAUUAAAUAAAAUAAAAUCUAAUUCAAUGGAAUUAGAAUUGAAUCGAACCGAAUAUCAUCGAAUCUAUAAGAAGUAUUCACUUCUGCCGGCACUCCGCAAGUGCUACGCUCUAAUAUUUUUAGAUCAAAUGUCUAAAUUUAAUAUUAGUGCUAAUCAACACUGUGACAUUUGUGAGUCAAAUCUUAAUCCACAGUUUAAUGCUAAAGAAUCAGUUAUAAAAAAAUAGAAUCAGUUAUAUAAUCGAAAAAAACACUUUCGAUUUUGACGGUGUCAAUAGGGCUUUUCAUUCACAGUCAUUUGUUUCGAGCUUCUGUCAUGUGUCGUAUAAUCCGUGUAAAUAAAUGUUAUACACAUAUUAUACAACAUUUGACAGAAGCUCGAAACAAAUGGCAAUCGAUGAAAAGCCCCUUUUCAUCGACUCUCGUUUGUUUCGAGCUUCUGUCAUAUGUUGUAUAAUCUACAGUCGGAAAAAUGAAAGAAUACCCAUGAACGAACAUAUAAAACACGCUGUAUUUUCCUGUCACCGUGUCACAAAGAAAAUUUCCCAGUGCAAGUACAUGUAACAAUAAUUAUUACAUGUAAUUGCGCUGGCCAAUUUUUUGUAUGACACGUUGACAGGAAAAUACAGCGUGUUUUAUAUGUUCGUUCAUGGGUAUUCUUUCAUUUUUCCUACUGUAUGUAUAAUAUUCGUAUAUACAGAACAUAUGACAGGAGCUCGAAACAAAUGAGAGUCGAUGAAAAGCCCUAUAGGACAUUUCAAGACUUUCACGUUUAUGUCAAUUAUGUCAACGCUGGGAGGCAAUUAAUAAGUGUAUUCGCAGAGACAGUCCAUGACAAGUGGAGCAUGCCAUGACUAAAAGUCCCCGACCGGGUCCGCGAACGAACAUAUUUUAUUUGUUUAUAUUUUUUGACAUUUUGUUUCUUAAAUUUUUUACCACUUUAAUAGUUUUUUAGUUGUAUUUUGCGAACAUUUUGUUAUUCAUUUUGUGUAGUUUUUAGUUUUAGAAGUACUUGAACUACUUUAUUUAGUUUUAAGCAGUGAAUAAAUAAAGAUGAGUGAAUAUUUUCGAAAGUUGUUGGCAGACAAUGCAGAUGUUGCUAGUAGGUAGAGUAGUUAGUUAUUUAUUAUUUUUAUAGGACAUUUUAUAGCUUCAUGCCAUAUAUUUAACCAUUGUUUUUGUCCUCAGAUCGUAACUUAUUUAGUUCAUUUGGUUUUAUGCUUAAAAUCUAGCACUGAUCACUGAUUAUAACCGAUAAAACUGAACUUUUAUCACGAUUACUUCGCAUUUCACACUUCAAAACACAACAAAAAUGAAGCAUAUUAUCGAUUCUUCCAGUAAAAAUGUUAAAUUAAUCCUUGUACAGAACAAAAUUGCAAAGAAAAGCAAGUAAAAUGAUUUAAAACACAUUAAGAACUGAUAGAAUAACAUUUAUGUUUGCCUCCCCGCUGUCAGAUUGAUUUAAAAUUGACAGCAUGUUGGGAUGGACUAUAGGGCUUUUCAACGAUUCACAUUUGUUUCGAGUUUCUGUCAUGUGUCGUAUAUUAAUAUUAUACACGGAUUAUACGACAUAUGACAGAGGCUCGAAACAAAUGAGAAUCGUUGAAAAGCCCUAUUUUGCAUCCACUCCCGAGACAAAAUUUUGAAUGCGCGUCGCCAAUCACGGCAAAAGCGUGAACGACCAAUCACGGCAAAUGUGCGACGAUAACGACCAAUCACGGCGAACGUAGGAUGCCGUUAACUGUCAUUCAUCUGCGCAAAGGACUAAAAUUUUGGAUGAAUUUGGUGAUAUUAUAGGGCUUUUCAUUCACAGUCAUUUGUUUCGAGCUUCUGUCAAAUGUCGUAUAAUCCGUGUAUAUUAAUAGGGAGUAGGGAGUUUUUGUGCACACAAAUACGUAAACGUAACGCAUCUUUUUGACAUAUACGCUUGCGCAUUAAUGGUUGAACUCCCGUAUCGCGAUACGUAUUACCUAAGGUUACGGGCUGGUACGUUAGGUUCAUACGCAUCCCUAUCGAGCCGAAAGUCACCGAAUGCACACGAGGAUCUUGCCCGAUUACCUACCAAAUGAACAUUUCAUCAGCGUACUAACCGUAUAUAAACAUUUUAAGGUUAUAUUGGUUAUAGGCCGUUCCAAGAUGCUGUCAAAAUUAAAUCAAUAUGGCUACCGGAAGGCAAACAUUGAAUAUUAUUCUAUCAGGUUCUUAUGGUUUUAGAUCAUUUUAGUUGUUGUACAAAGAUUAAUUUAACAUUUUCUCUGGAAGUAUUAAUUUAGAAAGAUAAUAUGCCUCAUUGGUGUUGUGUUUUGAAGUGUGAAAUGCAAAGUAAUCGUGAUAAAGUUAGCUUUUACCACUUACCAUCAGUGCUACAUUCUAAGCACAAAACUGAACCAAUGUAACUAAAUAAGUUAUAGUUAUCAUCUGAGAGACAACAACAAUGGUAAAAUGCAAUAAAAUAUUAAGAUUUUACUAGCAAAAUGGAAAUUCCCCUGUAAUCAUCUUAUAUCUGGUAAGUUACAACAUUUGAACAUUAACCAUUUUUGAAGAUGUUAACAGUCUAAUCUUGUAGGAAAACCAGCCGACUUAACUGAUAAUAACAAUCCAGAUUGGGUUCCUUCAAUAAAUAUGGGGUAUAUAAACACAAUGAAAUGAGUUCCCCAAAAUCUAAAAUGGGAAUUAAGGUACCAAAGGAGAAUUAAAAGAAAAGGGUACCUACAAGAAAAAAUUGCUUUUUUAUUCCUCUUGAAAUGAUUUAUAAGACACUGGACUGUCUUAUAUUCUACAAAUACUAGGUAGGUCUAUGAUUUUACACAUUUUUCAUUAAUGAUACAUUACUGUUACUUUAGUAGAUUUAGAAACAGUGGAUAGUUAGUGGUAGAUAGUAGUUAUUUGGUAUAAAAGCUAGUUUAGUAGAAGACAAGAUUUUGCCAAAUAGUCAAACAUAUAUUACAAUGGAAAAAUUAACAAAUACAUUUUAUGUCAUUAACAUUAACACAGGAUUUUAAAUAUCAGCUUAAGAAAUUAGCUUUAUCUUGUGAAAGUAUAGAAAAUGAUGAUGCCAAAACUAAAAAUUAUACUGGUUUAGCAAAUUACAAUGUUUUUAAAAUAGCUUUAAAGUAUAUUACACCAUUUAUCAAAUACCAUCAAAAUACUGUUUUGUCACCAAGUGAUCAAGUAUUGCUUACUUUAGCUAAACUAAGCUUAAACUUAGAUUAUAAAGAUUUGGGAUAUAGGUUUAGUAUUUCACCCUACCCGGUAUCAACUUAUUUCAAAAAUACUUUGUAUAUAAUGUGUCUUAGGUUAAAAAAAUUUGUGUUCUGGCCUGAUAGAGAUAUUUUAAAGAAAACUAUGCAAAAUUCACUUAAAGAAUCUUUUCAUGGAAAUACUACAGGUAUAAUUGACUUUGGACGAAUGUUGGUAUGAAACGAAUUAUUUAUUGUUCUGAAGCUAGUUAUUUGAGGCAUUUUUGUAAUUAACUAUUCUAAUUGGGAAAUAAGCCACAAUUUAACUUAAAAAAUAAUUUUAUUAAUCUUUCAACUUCCAAAUCAGACGUCAUUGUCAAAAUACAAAAUAUUAUUAUUUAUGCAUAUUAUUACUUGUAAAUAUUUCUUCUGAUUGUUAAUUGUAAAGGAUAGAAAAAUUACCAUUUAUUUUAUUUUUUUUUAGAAUCAGCUGAGAGAAGUGGUCUACAAAAACCCAGGAAGGAAACGGAAUAUGUGGCUACGAAAGGCAAAAGAAAGGUUUACAAAGCAAAUGUGACACAUUUUUUUGAAAUAUUUAGGAAUAUCAGUAAAUUGCAUUAAAAAAAUGUAUGAAAAGAUUUUGUUCAAUAAAAAUGUUUAUAUUUA